AUGUCAUCCCAAAACCUCCAGGUACACAUAAAAAUACGUUCAUCCCCAACCCCAUACCUCCUAUCAUCACCACCCACCAUAACAAUCAACGCCUAUAAAUUCACGUUCACCCACAUCCACACCGAUCCCGACAUAUCGGCACAUCUUCAACCAACCGUCAAUGCAUUCCUGAACGGCUAUAACACCAGCAUAGUAUGCUACGGUCAGACCGGUUCUGGCAAGACGUACACCAUGGGCCUAACGGCCGAUCAGAUUGAUGCGUGCACGGGCAUUGUGCCCGUGAGCAUGUGCACGGUGGUUGGGAAGGAGUGUGUGAGGAUGGCUAUGUUCGAAAUUUAUAAUGAGGAGGUGUAUGACCUACUUAAUGGGCGUGAACGCAUUAUUUUGAGGAAUAACCGAUCUGAGCUCGUUAUUAAUGCGCAUGAACGGGAAGUGCGCACGUAUGAGCAGUUUAGGAGCGUUGUUACAGAUGCGAUUGCACUUCGCAUUACGAAGUGUACGAGAAUGAAUGCAGGGAGCAGCCGAUCGCAUGCUGUGAUACGCGUGUGCACUGACAGGGCAUCGCUCGUGUUUGUUGACCUGGCGGGAUCCGAACGUACAAAACGCACGGGCGUGAGCAAUGACACGAUGAAAGAGGCGAUCAGCAUUAACACAGGACUGCUUGCCCUCGGCAACGUGAUCAAUGCGCUGUACAACAAAAAGAAGUUCGUGCCGUACCGCGACAGCAAGCUCACACGCAUUCUCAAGCCGAUCCUGAACGACAACACGAUCGUGCGUAUGAUCGCAUGCGUGAGUGACAGCUACCAGGAUGCGAACGAAACGAUGAACACGCUUGAGUACGCGAAUAGGGCAGGCUGUCUGAGAACGGUGGUGAAGAGGGAGCCCGUGGUUGGGAGGGAGCAAGGCGAAGUUAUACGGCUGAGAGAGGAAAUAGGCCGGCUGAGGAGAGAAAAUGAGUGGUUGAGGAAGGAGCUUAAGGACAAAACUGGGAGGGGAAUAUGCAGAUGUUACGAGAAGGAGCGUAGCACGGACGGUAAGACCAAGCGUGAAGAACAAUCAACCGCAUGCACUAAGGCCAGCAGCGCAGAGGUGGCAUGCAGUAACAAGGAAGAGAGUGCCACCGAUACGAUGAGCAGUACUAGCGCAUUAAACGAUAGAAGCGUUAAGACAGGCAUCAAUGCGGAUGUAUCGGUGAGCACACGCCACAGCCCGAUCGGACAAGGGGAUGAGAAUUUGAAAAACGGAGCGAUUGGUGGCAGAAAUGAUACGCUCCUCCUUACCGAUACGUGCAUGUACCCCAUGGCCAGCACACCGAUAAGAAAUAAGGUAACAAACACCGUUCUUACACCCGUAAGAAGAAACGAAGAUGCAAAAAACGUACAUACACCUACGCCCAUACGAAAGAUAAACUUUGAUCUGAGCAAGAACUUAACACUAGACGUGGGGCAGAGGAAGGUGCGUAGGAUCAUUAGUCAUGGUGGUAAGUCGUGCAUUGGAGAUGAAUCUGUUGAUGUAAUGGAUGGAACGAUACCUGUCAGACCGAUAGCUACGGAGGAUGUGGUACAUGGCAAAUCAUUCUCUAGCGAGGCAUUUGCUGAUAGACCGUUCCCCAGCAAACCAGAAGCACCCGCUGUGUCAAUCCCAGUCAAGCCUGUCCUCAACAAACCGCAUCCUCACGGAUUAAUCACCGAUAAACCCCCAUGUAACAAAAUCACUGCUAAGAGAACACGCCAAUGUAUCAGUACCACGGCCACAGAGCGUACACGUAUUACACCGCUAAAUGCGAAAAGAGUGCGAGCACUCAACGGUCUAAGACGUAUACGCGAGCUGGCAGUGCAUUCCUCAACAGUACUCUCAAUCACGUACCUUAACGACGGGCUGUACACGAUAAGCUCAGAUAACACGCUCAGACGCACCGUGGCAGGCAGGACGGUCACUCUCAAACGAUGCCUUUUUCUUUCGCUUCUUGCCCGUAAUGAACACUCUGAGGUGCUGUACAGCACCAACGAUGGGCUGUACUUCGUUGAUGGCCCGCUUAUCAGGCGGUACGAUACGGGCAUUACCAGUAUGUGCUACCAGGGCACGUACGUGGUAACGGGCCACAUCAAUGGACAGGUGUGUGUAUGCGAUGUGAGGAUGGGUGUGCUGUACGAGGGAGUAUGGCACAAGGGGUAUGUAAAUGCGGUGAGGAUGCAUGAUGGCGUGAUCUAUACGGGCAGUGUUGAUAGCACGGUGUGUUACGCUGAGAUGGUGCACGGUGCUGUGGACGAUAUAAGGGCCCAGUGCCUAUUGCCUGCGCAUAACAGCCCUGUUAAUCUCAUUCUCAUGCAUGAGGGAUUCCUGUUCAGUGCCUCAAAGGAGGGGAACAUCAGAAAAUGGAAGAACCACCAGCUGAUCAAGGAGUGCAAGGGUACACACUCCUCUUUUAUACGGGCAGGAGCGUCAAACGCGGAGUAUCUUUACACAGGCUGUAAGGACGGUGUUGUGAAGAGGUGGAGUGCUGAGAUGGAGGAGCGCGGCAAUGAAAGAGUGCCGUGCAGUGUGGUGUGCAUGGAUGGUACCGGUGAUGGUGUGGUGGUUGGUGGGAGUGAUGGGAAGGUGUAUUUUCUCGGUGAAUGACUGUUUAUGCACGGGUUGAACGUAUUUAUACCAAUGAUGCAUGAACAGUUUGUGCAUGUUGAUCUCGUACCUUUACCGUGUUAUACAGACGAGCCCUCCAAAUUAUCAUACCAAUGCACGAAGCCGUGCAUCUUUUCUGAACGCUUUUUGUCCGUGCUCAUGCUUUGUUUCCUUACUUCUAUCAAGCAAGCUUAUUUGUUCAUGCCAUACACCUGGUGCUACAGAUGUACUUCUCGGCAUGCUAUGCUUGACUGUGUUUACCGAUUCCUGGACGAGGUGCUCUUCCCUGGCAAAUCUGUAUUUAAUCACCGAGUGCACACGUUCAAUCGAUAAGCGCGUCAUUUAAAAUAGAUCAAAUAAACUGAUUUAAACGUAUUUCAUGCGUGCAUAAAGAAAUAUAAGUCGUACCUAACGAUUUGAGAGACUAAAAUCUAAAUUGUUGUUCUGGGCGUAGUAUUUUGAUUUGUUUGCAUUGGCACAGCUUACUCUAAGGAACUUGGAUGCAGGAUUUUCAUGCAGCGUACCUCUAUCGGUUCGAGCUGGUACUGUGCAUUUUUACAGUUUAAUUAAUUUGCGGGUAAUUGAAGAUCCUUGGACAGUGCCUGCAACGAAGAGUAUAAUAUAGUACUCAUGUCAUACAUAUGAGUACUUGCACCACCGCAUCUUCUAUCAAUGAAUGUAUUGCUGUAAAAUAAUACUCCUUCUGUUCAAUCAUUGCGUUCAUCACAAAAUACCUAACCGGUUCACGAACUGCAGGCACGUACAAAACCUGUCACUGUUCAUUUCUGUUAUUUUUGCGGAUGUCCAUUGCACUGCAA